AACGCCCCCUAUAGCUCGUUGCGAUCGUCAAUAAUGUAGGUGGGUAGAAAUAGGCAACUAAAUACUGGGUAUCAUUUUCGACUCUUGAACAAAAAUUAUAAAAAGAGCAUUUUUAAGAAAUAUUUAUACAGUUUAUUUGUAUGAAUAUUAUCUUAUUCUGAUUAAGGGGCGGUCCUACUUGGUGCUGUCUCUCCUAUUGUGCUAUAUGUCCUCUUCUACUUGACGAAGGUUUAUAAGCGUAUUUUAAUCACACAAGCCUGAAAAUGUAUGUAAUUGCAAUAACCAAUUAUCUUAUUCUAAUGUCUUUAUUUUCAUCAUACUAAAAGAGAGCCUAAUUAGAAAUUGUGUGAAGAAAAAAGAGCAAUUGAUAUAAGGAAAAAAUCUUCGUCAUUAAGCAAUAAACAAGGUAACGACGGCGAUCACAAAGUCAGUUCCACUGAAAAUAAUCUACAAGAAACGAUCUCAAGUCGCGACAAGGAAAAAGAAAAAACUAUGAAGCUCGAAAACGAACUUGCGAGAUUACGAUAUAUAUUCUCAAAACUAUGGUUCUGAUUCUACCACUCAUCAAUCAAGGUCAUUUCAACAUAACGAAACGAACAUCAUCUUCCACAGCGCGAGUCGGUAUCAGUUUCAAGAAGAUCCUAGCUCGUCGUCUUCAGUCUACGGCUUAAAUCAGAUUUCUGAUGCAUCGCCUGAAACGAAAGUUGCUGUAUCGGCUUGCUGAUAUAUGCGUUAAAUCGAUUUAUAGCCCAGUCCUACUAUAGAGAAUAUUAGAAAACUUUCAUACUGUUGGAUGCAUUGUUAUGAAUUUCAUGGGGCUUGAAAACAACCAAAGAUAUUAGCGAAGAAUAGAUCAUCUUGAAAUUUGUUUCUACCGCCAGCCACAGAGAAAGCAAGACCUUUUCAUUACCUUAUAGGACUUUUGUAAUACUGUAUGCAUUUUUUAUGACUUUGAUUUUUUUAUUGCUAUGUAUUUAUUACUAUGAAUUACUCUAAUAUUUAUUCCAUUGUAAAACUUAGAUACAUUUAUAACAAUUUAAAUACUAUUUUUACUUUAGCCUUUUAAUUUAAUAUCCAGUAAUAGUUAUUAGUAUUCAACAACAACUCCAUAACUCAUUCUACUGAGAGACUUUUGAGUAAAUUUUUAUUGAUGUUUUUCUAAAAAUAUAUUUUAACUUGUCAUAAGAUUGUUCACUCUUAAAAAAUCUUAUGAUAGCAAUAUAUUUAGAUCUUAGAAAUGUUAAUUAGCUAUUUACAGAUUAAUACAAUUGAAUUUUAUACAAUAUGAGUUUUUUAGCAGACGGUAACAUGAUUACACUUAAUGUUAAUACUAAUAAGAAUCAUUAUUUCUGUGUUAUAUGUAAUAAGAAUUUUUCACAGAAGAGUAAUCUGGUGGCGCACAGUCGCUGUCAUACUGGUGAGAAACCCUAUUCUUGUAGUAUAUGUAAUAAGAGUUUUACGGGGAAGCGUAAUCUGACUGUGCACAGUCGCACUCAUACUGGUGAGAAACCUUAUUCUUGUAGUAUAUGUCAGAAGAGUUUUACAGAGAAGAAUAGUCUGACUAAGCAUAGUCGCUCUCAUACUGGUGAGAAACCUUAUUCUUGUAGCAUAUGUAGUAAAAAAUUUUCAAGGAAGGAUAAUCUAACUGAGCACAAUCACAUGCACUCUGGUGAACAACCUUAUUCCUGUAGUAUAUGUAAUAAGAGUUUUUCGUAUAGGUGGGAUCUAACUAAACACAAUCGUACUCAUACUGGUGAGAAAGCUUAUUCUUGUAGUAUGUGUAAUAAGAGUUUUUUUGAGGAGAGUAAACUAACUAAACACUAUCGCACUCAUACUGGCGAGAAACCUUAUUCUUGUAGUAUUUGUAAUAAGAGUUUUUCAGAGAAGAGUAAACUAACUAAACACUAUCGCACUCAUACUGGCGAGAAACCUUAUUCUUGUAGCAUUUGUAAUAAGAGUUUUUCAGAGAAGAGUAAUUUGACUGUACACUAUCGCUCUCAUGCAAGGGAGAAACCUUAUUCUUGUGGUAUAUGUAAUAAGAGUUUUUCCCAGAAGAUACAUCUACAUAGCCAUAGUCUCACUCAUACUGGUGAGAAACCUUUUUCUUGUAGUAUAUGUAAUAAGAGUUUUUCAUAUAAACGUAAUCUAACUAAACACAAUUGCUCUCAUAUUGAUGAAAAACCUUGAUCUUGUUACUAACGUAAUAAAAAAAAAUUGUUAAUUUCUUCAUUUUUACUCCUAUUUUUACACAUAUGCGUAAUUGUGUUUGCCUCUGAGUAACUUAAUUCUUUUAGUGAAUGUAAUAAAGGAUUUUUUGAAAUUAA